AUGGGCAACGGCACCGCGGCCGUGCUGGAGCCCACGUACAACGGCUACGUGGCUUCCACCCACGACGCCCUCAUCCUCUUCGAAGCAUGUCUCACCGGAGUCCUCCACCACGUCCCCCGCCGCCCGCACGACCGUGAGCGCUCCCAGCUCGUCCGCUCCGGCAGCGUCUUCAUCUACGAGGAGAACGCCUCGGGCAUCAAGCGCUGGACCGACGGCGUCACUUGGAGUCCCAGUCGCAUCCUGGGCAACUUUCUCGUCUACCGCGAGCUCGACAAGCCCUUCCCGCCAGGCGAGAAGAAGCGCGCCGUCAAGAAGGGCAGCAGACGGCCGACCCAGUCCGCCAGAGCCGGCGAGCCCUAUCCGCGACUCCAGGACAAUGGCAACGGCAAUCCAGCUGGCGGUUACUCGCCCACCGCGCCCUCGCCCGCCGCUGUUGGGCCUGGCUUCCCCGAGCGAGGCCAGCAGUCGGAGCUCGAACGCGCCCUCGUCGGCUCCCUCGUCGACUCGUACGGCUUCAAGGACUCGGGACUGGUCAAGAAGACCAUGAGCGUCACCGUCUCCGGCGUCACCCACCACCUCGUCUCCUACUAUAGCGUCGACGAUGUCAUGCGCGGCGCCCUCAGCCCGCCCAGCAUGGUCGAGUCUCUACGCUACAUCCGCCCUCGCCAGGAACUCACCACAAAACAGAGCUUCCGCGCUCCCAUCGAGGACCCCGACCAGCCAGGACUCGACGACGGUGACCCUUCCCAGUCUCUCUACGGCUACCGUCCCAAUCCCGCCGCCGCAGCCAUGGUACCCCAGUAUGGCAUGCCCCCGCAGAGCACAAACUACUACGCUCUGCCUCCACAGCCUUCCUACGCGACACACUCGUCCCAGCAGCAGCAGCAGCAGCAACAGCAACAGCAGCAGCACCAACAACAGGCGCAACAGCAACCCCCGCCCCCGUCCGUGCCCGGCUACGGCGUCGCGCCACCGCAGCAGAACCCUUAUCUCCAGAGCCCGGCCGCUGCGACCUCAGACGUCCCCACAAAGACAGAGGAAUACACUUCCUACCGUGGGCCGUCCGGCUACGCCACGGCCUUCCAGCCAUCCUCUUCACACCCUACCCACCCGGCUCCUCCUUCCCACUCGCAUCUCUAUAGGACUCCCAGCAUACCGACCAGGCCCUCGGCCUCUGAUAUCCCCACCUCCAUGGACCCCGCAGCCUCGCCAAGUGCCAGUGCCUACUCCAGAGCAAGCUUCAGCUUAGACUCCAACAAGCAGCAGCAGCAGAUGGACCAGCGCACGACUUAUCCCGGUCCCGCUCCUGCCAGACGCGAGUCAUCCUACUACGACCAAGCUCAGGCCCAGGCCCAGGCUCAGGCCGCUCACCAGCGUCGCGCAUCCAUCCAGCAGCAGCCUCCCCAGCAGCAGCCCCAGCCCACCCAGCAGUCCUACUACUCAAACACCGCUGCCACCGGCCAGAGCUCGUAUCAGGGUGCCCCGCCGAUGUCAACCUGGGGUACCACCCAUGGUCAGGCCAUAUAG